GCUAAGUCCCACACAGCUAAGACGAUGCAUCAGCUUUAUCAGAUUAUUGCUGUGGCUAUUCAAAUGUUCAGAAGAGGCACUUAAGGACCCUUUCUCCAAUGGUUCAUGAAUUCUCUUGCUAUUGGCAAAAUGUUAAAGUGCAAUUAGAUAAAGUAUAGCAUAUUUGAUAUCCUUUGCCUCCUUUAAGAACACCGUUACAAAUGGUUAUUCAUGGUGAACUGGCAAUUUAUGUUGGAUUGCUUUAUUGAUGGAGCAACCACCGAACAGGGUUUGUAGGUGAGCAGGACAUAUGAAUAUAAUUCCUCAAAUUAAUCUAGUUAUCCCCUCUUUUUCUUUGAUAUCACCAUCACCAUCAACAUUGUCGUUGACAAUCCCACGCGGCAGUCGGCUAAAGUUAAACAACUCUGUGGCGCUUACUCAGCUGAAUCUCCCCGCACAUCUGAUGUUUUCUUUUAUUGGAGCGUUGGUUUAUAUCGCUCCACAGCCCAGCAGCGUUGAUAUAUGCGGACCUGAAUCCACUUUUCUUUUUUUCAGGACGCUUCGGCCAUGCUUAUAACGUUAUCCUUGCUGGAGGAUAUUUAUCCAGAGAGCAAAACUACCUCGGUUGAAUCAAAAUGGGCUCAAACGAAUACCCACAUAAACUGACAGACCCGUUCACCCACUGACACUGACUUGAUUUCUUAGACCUUGGGACAUUUAUAAAGAAUCUCUAUAUGCUGAACAAAUAAUAGAAACUUGGCCCUUUACUCAACCUCUAUCCUGCGACUAGAUACGUCGUAUCCCGCCUUAACUCCCGCCAAGUCGGCUGCCGCGCUUACCGUUAUAUCACAAGGGAAGCAAGCGAUGUAUUAUACAAGCGAAGAGCUCUGAAUUCUACAUUUAAUCACAUCCACACUCGUUUCCCCGUACCUCUCAUACGACCCUGUACAUAACCCCUCACACGCACGUUCGUUCGUUACGAACCUCCAAAAGAUGGUCAGCAGCAACGAAGACACCCCCUGGGAAAGGGUCCAGUCCUUCCUCAACAUCGCCUCCGCCUACCCCCAAAACUCCAGUUGGGAUGUGUCAUGCAUGAAGGCCAUCAAACUUGUGAAAGUCGAACCGGGUACCGUCGAAUUCGAAUUCACAGUAACAGAAAAUAUGUGCAAUCCGCUGGGGAUAUUGCAUGGCGGCUGCACAACGACGAUCCUAGACGUUCUAACGUCGACAGCGGCGUUUUCCCUACCGGACAAUGACCUGGCGCUAGGGACGCUCAGUCGGACGUUGACAAUGACGUUCCUGAGGCCUGUGCCUGUGGGUACGACGGUGAGGGUUGUGGUUCACUUGGUGGCGGCGGGGAAGAAAUUUGUUAAUUUCACGGGGAAUCUGUUGACGCUGGAUGGGAAGGUUUGUGCUAGUUGUGUACAUGAUAAGGCGGUGUUCAGGCCUGAGAAACUAUGAAGAGGAGGUACGGGGGAUAGUUUGUGGGAUGUGAUGUUUAGUGGAAUGAGUUGGCUAUUGGCUAAUGGGAGCUGUGCAAUGGGUGGUCAAAAAGAGAGAUGAGAGCAGUCUUGGCCCUAUCGAAAAGGACCUUUCCUCCGUUAAAGAGGUGGUGUGCGUUUUCAAGCCCAGGGGAGCUCGGUUUACAUGAAAUGGUUCGACGGAUAGAUAUUGCGUUUAUAUCAUUUUCCUGGAUUUUAUUUUGUAGAACUAGAAGAAUAAUAGAUAGAUGAACGCAUUGUAAUCUGUAACUGAAUUCCAAGCGCAGAUAGAGUCCGAGGUGUCCGCCGUUCCAGUGUUGGCCGGUUGGUGAACCCUCAUAUUGGUGUUGGUGGGAAAUGGGGCCUAAGUUCUGCUUGUAAUAAAUAUGAGAAAUUCGAUGUUUUAGCAGUUUCUAACUUCAUUUUGUUCCCGAUUCAAUUUUAGUUAUACGUUUGUAUGUUUGUAUGUAUGUUUAUAUAUUAUCU